AUGCCCCACGCCAAACCAAACCAAAAUCCACAGCCUUCACUCAUGCCCCACGCCAAACCAAGCCAAAAUCCACAGCCUUCACUCAUGCCCCACGCCAAACCAAGCCAAAAUCCACAGCCUUCACUCAUGCCCCACGCCAAACCAAGCCAAAAUCCACAGCCUUCACUCAUGCCCCACGCCAAACCAAGCCAAAAUCCACAGCCUUCACUCAUGCCCCACGCCAAACCAAGCCAAAAUACACAACCUUCACUCAUGCCCCGCGCCAAACCAAACCAAAAUCCACAACCUUCACUCAUGCUCGACGCCAAACCAAACCAAAAUCCACAGCCUUCACUCAUGCCCCACACCAAACCAACCAAAAUCCACAGCCUUCACUCAUGCCCCACGCCAAACCAAACCAGAAUCCCCAACCUUCACUCAUGGUCCACGCCAAACCAAACCAGAAUCCACAACCUUCACUCAUGUCCCACUCCGAACGAAAAUCUACGAUUUUCACUUAUAAAAUGGGAUCAAACCAGAAUGCACAAACCAUCCACAUAA